AUGUGUUUUGCUUCGCUUGCACGCGUGCAGAACAAUGCUGCCGCUGUGAUUGCCAAGAUGGAAUCGGACGAGAGCGCAAAGCAGGAGACAGAGCAGCUUGCUGAAUGGCGCAAGCAGCAGUUUCCGCACAUGCCGAUCAACAUCCUGCGACACGUCAUCAUGUCUGGCAUCGAGAGCACGGUGGCGCUGCUGCCGCCGGCGAUCCUGAACGGCACCACGUUUGCACACGACCCAAUGCCACCCCCUGACGGCAUCAACGAGUACGAGCAGCAGCAGCAGCAGGAGGAGAUGCGACAAACCCGCCGUGGUCGCCAUGGCAACGGCGGUGAUGGUGGCGGUGAUGGUGAUGCACUUGCACCCUGGCGCGCAUUCCUGCAGAGCUUCAACCCAAACUUCAACGCGGAAGCGACGGAGCAGGACGAACAACGCAUGGCCGAAGCAAGGCAACAAGUGCAUGUGCGUGUGCGGGAGGUGUUUGACCGGGCGCGAGAGGCUGCAACGUCGCUGACGCGCUCACUGACCAACUACAUGCAGCGCCAAGGCGAUGAUGGUGGCAAUGGUGGUGGUGAUGAUGAUGGUAGUGGCGAUGCUGGUGGUGAUGUGGAGGUGGAUCCGGACUACAUGGCAGACCUGCAGCCAGAGGAACUGGAAGAGCUGCUGCGUGACAACAACAACAACAACAACAACAACAGCAACACCGGCGCUAGGCGGGGGCGAGGACGAAACGCAGGAGGGCGGGGACAGUGA